AGCCAAUUAACGUUUUACUACACAGAUCCACAACCCGCCUCCUGACUGUUCAGCCCCUGCUUCGUUGAGUGUGUCAACCUGUACCAAAGUAUCCAGUCUAUAUAAACACGCGUUGGCUACUUUCAAACUCAGAUGCGCGUAGAGCGCACUGGAGUGUAGAUCAGGAAAAGGGAAGGGGACAGCUGGUAGCCGUAGUGGAUAGGAGUAAAACGUAAAUAAAUAGACUCCAAGGGCAAUAACCAACGUGGGUCUUCGUGAUAUCGCCUUCGGAGACAUUCCGGUCACCGUUGGCGGCCUGGCCAGAGUCCUGGUGGCAUUUAAAGCUGUUCUUUCUUACAAAAGCGGCGUGCCGAGGGAGGACGCUUCUCUUUGAAUAGACAGGAUGCACGGACCGCCCUCCGGCGACAGCGCAUGCCCAUUGCGCCUCAUCAAGCGAGUGCAAUUCGGCAUCAUCAGCCCAGAUGAGCUUAAACGGAUGUCGGUCACAGAAGGGGGAAUCAAGUACCCCGAGACCACAGAAGGAGGACGUCCUAAACUUGGUGGGCUGAUGGACCCCAGACAAGGGGUCAUCGAACGAUCCGGAAGGUGUCAAACGUGUGCAGGCAACAUGACAGAAUGCCCGGGCCACUUCGGCCACAUAGAGCUGGCAAAGCCUGUCUUCCACGUGGGUUUCGUCAACAAGAUCAUGAAGGUCCUCCGAUGUGUCUGCUACUCGUGCUCCAAGCUUCUGGUGGACACGAAUAACCCAAAGAUCAAAGACAUCCUGCAGAAGUCCAAGGGGCAGCCCAGGAAGCGUCUGACCCACGUGUACGACCUGUGUAAAGGCAAGAACAUCUGCGAGGGCGGAGAGGAGAUGGACAACAAGUUUGGAGUGGACCAGCAGGAGCACGACAGUGAGGACAUCACUAAGGAGAAGGGCCACGGUGGCUGUGGGCGCUACCAGCCGCGUAUCCGCCGGUCGGGCCUGGAGCUGUACGCUGAGUGGAAGCACGUGAACGAGGACUCACAGGAGAAGAAGAUCCUGCUGAGCCCAGAGCGCGUCUACGAGAUCUUCAAGCGUAUCUCGGACGAGGAGGAUGUCAUCCUGGGCUUGGACCCCAAGUACUCCCGGCCCGAGUGGAUGAUCGUCACAGUACUCCCCGUGCCGCCACUGGCUGUCCGGCCCGCCGUCGUCAUGCAGGGCUCUGCUCGUAACCAGGACGACUUGACACACAAGCUGGCCGACAUCGUCAAGAUCAACAACCAGCUGCGGCGGAACGAGCAGAGCGGCGCGGCGGCCCACGUCAUCGCUGAGGACGUGAAGCUGCUGCAGUUCCACGUGGCCACCAUGGUGGACAAUGAGCUGCCAGGCCUGCCCAGGGCGAUGCAAAAAUCGGGCCGCCCACUCAAAUCCCUCAAACAGCGUCUGAAGGGGAAGGAGGGGCGAGUCCGAGGUAACUUGAUGGGGAAACGUGUGGACUUCUCCGCCCGAACCGUCAUCACCCCCGACCCCAACCUCCAGAUCGACCAAGUGGGCGUCCCGCGCUCCAUCGCAGCCAACAUGACCUUCCCAGAAAUCGUCACACCCUUUAACAUUGACAGGUUACAGGAGCUGGUGCGCAGAGGCAACAGCCAGUAUCCCGGAGCCAAAUAUAUAAUCCGCGACAACGGGGACAGAAUCGACCUGCGGUUUCACCCCAAACCAAGUGACCUUCACCUCCAGAUUGGCUACAAGGUGGAAAGACAUAUGUGCGACGGUGACAUCAUUAUCUUCAACAGACAGCCCACGCUACAUAAAAUGUCUAUGAUGGGGCACAGAGUCCGAAUCUUGCCCUGGUCCACCUUUCGAAUGAACCUCAGUGUAACCACACCGUACAAUGCUGACUUUGACGGGGACGAGAUGAAUCUGCAUCUACCCCAGUCCCUGGAGACGAGAGCUGAGAUCCAGGAGCUUGCCAUGGUGCCUCGGAUGAUCGUCACCCCCCAGUCCAACAGGCCCGUCAUGGGCAUCGUGCAGGACACCCUCACCGCGGUGCGCAAGUUCACCAAGAGGGAUGUCUUCCUAGAGCGGGGCGAUGUGAUGAACCUCCUGAUGUUCCUGUCCACGUGGGACGGCAAGGUGCCCCAGCCAGCCAUCCUGAAGCCCCGGCCGCUUUGGACGGGCAAGCAGAUCUUCAGCCUCAUCAUCCCGGGCCACAUCAACGCCAUCCGAACACACAGCACCCACCCAGACGAGGAGGACAGUGGGCCAUACAAACACAUCUCCCCUGGGGACACCAAGGUGAUAGUGGAGAAUGGAGAGCUGAUCAUGGGCAUCCUGUGUAAGAAGUCCCUGGGUACCUCUGCUGGCUCCCUGGUCCACAUCUGCUUCCUGGAGAUGGGCCACGACGUCACCCGCCUCUUCUACUCCAACAUCCAGACGGUGGUCAAUAACUGGCUGCUCAUUGAGGGUGCCUCUAUUGGUAUUGGUGAUUCUAUUGCUGACGCAAAGACUUACCUUGACAUUCAGAACACCAUCAAGAAGGCCAAGCAGGAUGUAAUAGAGGUCAUUGAGAAGGCCCACAACAACGAGUUGGAGCCCACCCCUGGUAACACGCUGAGGCAGACCUUUGAGAACCAGGUGAAUCGCAUCCUGAACGACGCCCGUGACAAAACGGGUUCCUCCGCCCAGAAGUCCCUGUCUGAGUACAACAACUUCAAGUCCAUGGUGGUGGCCGGCUCCAAAGGCUCCAAGAUUAACAUCUCUCAGGUUAUUGCUGUGGUGGGGCAGCAGAACGUGGAGGGUAAACGUAUCCCCUUCGGCUUCAAGCACCGCACGCUCCCCCACUUCAUCAAGGAUGACUACGGCCCUGAGAGCAGAGGCUUCGUGGAGAACUCGUACCUGGCCGGCCUCACGCCCACCGAGUUUUUUUUUCACGCCAUGGGAGGCAGAGAGGGGCUUAUUGACACGGCUGUGAAGACCGCCGAAACUGGUUAUAUCCAGCGUCGUCUGAUCAAGUCCAUGGAGUCUGUGAUGGUGAAGUACGACGCCACCGUGAGGAACUCCAUCAACCAGGUGGUGCAGCUGCGCUACGGAGAGGACGGCCUGGCCGGGGAGGCUGUGGAGUUCCAGAACAUGGCCACGCUCAAACCCUCCAACAAGGCCUUCGAGAAGAAGUUCAGGUUUGACUGCACCAAUGAGCGGGCGCUGCGGCGCACCCUGCAGGAGGACGUUGUGAAGGACGUGAUGACCAAUGCCCAGGUGCAGAGUGCCCUGGAGAGAGAGUAUGAAAAGAUGAAGGAUGACAGAGAGAUUCUGAGGGCCAUCUUCCCCACUGGGGACAGCAAGGUGGUGCUUCCAUGCAACCUGGCCAGGAUGAUCUGGAACGCCCAGAAGAUCUUCAGGAUCAACCCCCGCACCCCCACAGACCUCAACCCCCUACGAGUGGUAGAGGGUGUCCAGGAGCUGAGUAAGAAGCUGGUGAUUGUGAACGGCGAGGACCACCUGAGCAGACAGGCCCAGCAGAACGCCACCCUCCUCUUCAACAUCCACCUGCGCUCCACGCUCAGCUCCCGACGCAUGACAGAUGAAUUCCGACUGAGCACUGAGGCUUACGACUGGCUACUGGGGGAGAUCGAGAGCAAGUUCAACCAGUCUAUUGCCCAUCCGGGUGAGAUGGUGGGGGCGUUAGCCGCCCAGUCGCUGGGAGAACCCGCCACCCAGAUGACCCUGAACACCUUCCACUACGCUGGUGUGUCGGCCAAGAACGUCACUCUGGGUGUGCCGCGUCUCAAGGAGUUGAUCAACAUCUCUAAGAGGCCCAAGACCCCCUCCCUCACCGUGUUCCUGCUGGGCCAGGCGGCCCGCGACGCCGAGAGGGCCAAGGAUAUCCUCUGUCGGCUGGAACACACCACCCUCAGAAAGGUGACUGCCAACACAGCCAUCUACUAUGACCCUAACCCCCAGAGCACGGUGGUGACGGAGGACCAGGAGUGGGUCAACGUCUACUAUGAGAUGCCUGACUUUGACGUGACUCGCAUCUCCCCCUGGCUCCUCCGCAUCGAGCUCGACCGCAAACACAUGACUGACCGCAAGCUGACCAUGGAGCAGAUCGCAGAGAAGAUCAAUGCAGGUUUCGGAGAUGAUCUGAACUGUAUAUUCAAUGACGACAACGCCGAGAAGCUGGUCUUGCGAAUUCGCAUCAUGAACAGCGACGAGAACAAGUUCCAUGAGGAUGAGGAAGUGGUGGACAAGAUGGACGACGACGUGUUCCUGAGGUGCAUCGAGUCCAACAUGCUGACGGACAUGACACUGCAGGGCAUCGAGCAGAUCAGCAAGGUGUACAUGCACUUGCCCCAGACUGACAACAAGAAGAAGAUCAUCAUUACAGAGGAGGGAGAGUUCAAGGCCCUGCAGGAGUGGAUCCUGGAGACAGAUGGCGUGGGUCUGAUGAGGGUCCUCAGUGAGAAGGACGUGGACCCUGUCAGGACCACCUCCAACGAUAUUGUAGAGAUCUUCACGGUGCUGGGUAUUGAGGCUGUACGUAAGGCGCUGGAGAGGGAGUUGAACCACGUCAUCUCCUUUGACGGUUCCUACGUCAACUACCGCCACUUGUCGUUGCUUUGCGACACCAUGACGUGCCGCGGUCACCUGAUGGCUAUCACACGUCAUGGCAUCAACAGACAGGACACGGGACCUCUCAUGAAGUGCUCCUUUGAGGAGACGGUGGAUGUGCUGAUGGAGGCGUCAUCCCACGGGGAGAGUGACCCAAUGAAGGGUGUGUCUGAGAACAUCAUGCUGGGCCAGCUGGCCCCCUGCGGGACGGGCUGCUUUGACCUGCUGCUGGACGCUGAGAAGUGCAAAUACGGCAUGGAGAUCCCCACCAACAUCCCCGGUAUCAGCGUGGCUGGACCCACCGGAAUGUUCUUUGGCUCGGCGCCCAGCCCCAUGAGUGGCAUGUCCCCAGCCAUGACCCCCUGGAACACUGGAGCCACCCCCGCCUAUGGUGCUUGGUCCCCCAGCAUUGGUAAGGCUCAACCUGGGUGGACUUUGACAAUAUCCAGGGGGUACAGCAUGGUCCAUCCCACCUGCCACUGUACUGUUCCAUUGACUCAUGCCCUGACUCUACUGUUCUGUUGACUCAUGCCCUGACUC